GGGAGGAAAAAGGGGUGCUUUUUGGUGUAAAUCUGGACUCUAAUUCCAUAAUAUAUCACGGUACCUCGUAAAACCGACACUAAAACGUCCUGGCCUACAAAUCACUCGGCCAAAUUAUGAGUUCAUUGUAUUAUGCGAAUGCUUUAUUUUCAAAAUAUCAAGCUGCAAGUUCGGUUUUCCCGACCGGGGUAUUUCCAGAGCAAACUUCAUGCGCUUUUGCCACUGGUUCGCAAAGAGCCCCAGGUUAUGGCUCGGGGUCCGGUAACGCUUCGUUCUCCUCCUCCGUGUCGGGAUUCUAUGGUAACGGCAGCAGCGUGCACACUCCGAAUCCGGCCAUGUACCCCGCUGGCUACGGUCUCAACGCGGGCUCUUUCAAUAUGCACUGCUCCCCGUUCGAGCAGAACAUCUCGGUGAUGUGCACCGGGGAUAAUCCCAAACAGACCUGCAGCAAAGCGGAGCAGAGAGACUCCGAGCAGCAGAAUGAAGCCAACUUCUGCAUCUAUCCGUGGAUGCGAAGCUCAGGCACAGACAGGAAGAGGGGUCGACAGACUUACAGCCGGUACCAGACCCUGGAGCUGGAGAAGGAGUUCCACUUCAACCGCUACCUGACGCGGCGGCGCCGCAUCGAGAUCGCCCACGCACUGUGCCUGACCGAGCGGCAGAUCAAGAUCUGGUUCCAGAACCGCCGCAUGAAGUGGAAGAAGGAGAACAAGGCCGCGGGACAGAGCCCCUCAACCGAGGAGAAGCCCGGAGGAGAAGAGGAUGAGGAGGAGGAGUGAACGCGGGCACCGUCCCUGGUCCGAACCACACAAAGACACAAGCGAAAAAAAAAACAAAUAAAGGAAAAGAGACUUGUUAUAUGUAACAUAAUAACUGAAGCGCAUUCUCCCCAUUUUAUAUAACACUGAAAAACAUUAUACUACCUGUAGUCCGAUCCGAGUCUGUUUUGUAGAGUAACGAUGAUGAAGUCUACCUAUUCAACUAUUCUCCAGAGGUAUAAAAGUUUUAAAAAAAGAAAACUUUUUUUCCCUCCUGUUUUUAUCCUGAUGUAAAAGUGAUUAUUGUUCGUGUCUUCUUUUUUAAAAGAAUGAAUUCUAAUUAUAAUGAUUCAUUAUUCUGUAUCUGUACCAGUGAUGUGUGUACGUGCAUUUCUGUCUAGAAACAAGAAAAUAGAUUUAAAAAUGUGUCUGAAAAAGGGAGAUAGCCCCCUCAUAUACAGUAUUUGUACAUAAUUGAAAUGUAGAUGUUAAUGUGUUCUUUUCGUAUAUAUUACUCGUGUGUAUUUUACUUUCACAAGUGUGUGAUAUUCUGGAUUAUGUUUCUUAUUACAUUAUUCUCUCACUGUUGGUGCAGAUUAUACUGUACAGUGGACCACGAGAUGUAGGAAGAUCAUUUAAUAUAAUUGUUUGUGUCUUGAAGGAUUCUAUCAUUGUGGGGGAAAGAAAUGCACAAUGAUAACUGCAUAUAUAUAUAUAUAUAUAUAU